AUGGCAAUCUUCCUGAGACAUGUUUCUAAACUAGUCACCGCUAAUUUGCAUGCUACUCGUAGCAGAAGCUUAAUAAAUCAUGGAAGGUUUGCAAACUCAAUACGAAAUGCUGCAUCCAUUAGUAUCCGGCCUUCAUCUCAUUCACUAGGUUUUAAUGAGCAACAAAACAUCGAUGAAUAUAUUUCUUCUACAAAGUACCAUCAAGUUACCCCUGAUGCUUCAGGGUUCAUGAAGAAUUAUGCGGGGCUCAAGGAAGGUGUAGCAAAGUAUCAUCUGCUUACAAAUGAAGCUUUGUUAGUAGAAAAAUUGAACUUGAACAAACUGAAAGAAGAUCCAGUGAAACAAGACAAGGAAACUAGUAUUGACAAGCUGAAAGAUGAGAAACCAGCUGAAAAAGAUAACGAAAAAAAGAAAGAGGAUGGGGAGGUGGAAUCUACUAUCAAGAAUGAAGACUCAGUGUCUAGAAAUUCCAGUGAAUCAUCGGCCAAAUCAUCAUCAUCUUCUCCUUCAAGCAAUAAUAACAAUAAUAAUGAUAAUAACGAUGGAAAUGAUAGAAAUAACAAAAAUGGAAAAAAUGAUUCGUCACCAGGGAUUCCAAAGAUCUAUCCUCAAAUAAUGGCUUUACCAAUUUCUCGUAGACCAUUGUUCCCAGGUUUCUACAAGGCAGUGGUGAUUUCCGAUCCACAAGUUAUGAAAGCUGUCAAACAAAUGUUAGAGAAAAGACAGCCUUAUAUUGCUGCCUUCUUAUUCAAGGAUGAAAAUGCUGAGUCCGAUGUCAUCAAUAGUCCGGAUGAAAUUUACCCAGUCGGGGUUUUCGGGCAAAUCACCAGUGUUUUCCCUUCAAAAGAUGAAAAAACUAACGUUGAAACCAUGACUGCCCUCAUUUAUCCUCAUAAAAGAAUUACUUUAGCUGAUGGUAAAUUCACACCACCAAAGUCCGAGGAGGAAAUUGAAGUUUAUAAGACUAAUAGAGCAAAGAUGUUCGAAGAAGAGGUUAUUGCUGAUAUGGCAAAAGAAGGGAAGAAAUUGGUCGAAUCCAAGGACAAGGAUUUGUCAAAGGAUAAUGAAGCUGAGGUCACCAAGUCUGAAGAUCAAAAUUCUCAAUACUUGAAAGAAAAAGAAGUUAGAAUCUUGGAAAAGAUGGAUGACGAAGAGGCUGAGAAUCCUACCGCGUUUUUGAAGAAUUACUGUGUUUCUCUAGUCGACGUUAGUCCAUUGGAAGAUGAUCCAUUCGACAAGAAGUCCCCAGUGAUUACUGCAUUGACUUCAGAGAUUUUGAAAGUAUUCAAGGAGAUUAGUCAAUUAAACACCAUGUUUAGAGAACAAAUUGCCACCUUUAGUGCCUCUAUUCAAUCAGCAACCACUAAUAUUUUUGAAGAGCCAGCUAGAUUGGCAGAUUUUGCCGCAGCAGUCAGCGCUGGUGAAGAGAAAGAAUUACAAGAAAUCUUGGAUUCUCUUGAUAUUGAAACCCGUUUGAAGAAAUCCUUGAUUGUUUUGAAGAAAGAAUUGAUGAAUGCGGAAUUACAGAAUAAGAUUUCCAAGGAUGUUGAGGGAAAGAUCCAAAAAAGACAGCGUGAAUACUACUUGAUGGAACAAUUGAAAGGUAUCAAACGUGAAUUAGGUAUUGAUGAUGGGCGUGAUAAAUUAAUUGAAACAUUCAAGAAGCGUGUGGAGAAAUUGAAGUUACCAGAGCAAGUGGAGAAAAUCUUUAACGAUGAAUUGACAAAGCUUAGCACUUUAGAAACAGCUAUGUCGGAAUUUGGGGUGGUGAGAAAUUAUUUGGAUUGGAUUACACAAUUGCCUUGGGGCUUGAAAUCCAAAGAAAGAUAUAAUAUUCCUAAAGCCCUCAAGAUCCUUGAUGAAGACCAUUAUGGAUUGAAGGAUAUUAAAGAUCGUAUUUUGGAAUUUAUCGCUGUGGGAAAAUUACUUGGUAAAGUUGAUGGAAAGAUCUUAUGUUUUGUUGGCCCACCGGGGGUUGGUAAGACUUCUAUUGCUAAGUCUAUUGCCCGUUCAUUGAAUAGAGAAUACUUUAGAUUCAGUGUUGGUGGGAUGACCGAUGUGGCAGAAAUCAAGGGUCACAGAAGAACUUAUAUCGGUGCUUUACCAGGAAAGGUUGUUCAAGGUUUGAAGAAAACCCAAGCUGAAAACCCAUUGAUCUUGAUUGACGAAAUUGACAAGAUUGGUUUUGCCGGGGUUCAUGGUGAUCCAUCUGCAGCCUUAUUGGAAUUGUUGGACCCUGAACAAAAUAACACUUUCAUGGAUAAUUACUUAGACGUUCCAAUAGACUUAUCUAAGGUUUUGUUUGUUUGUACCGCCAACAGUCUUGAUACCAUUCCUAGACCAUUGUUAGACAGAAUGGAAGUUAUUGAAAUCGCUGGUUAUAUUGCUGAGGAAAAAGUUAAGAUUGCCGAAAACUAUUUGAUCCCACAAGCCAAGGAAACUAGUGGGUUGAAAAACGCUAAGGUGGGUUUGACAGAUGAAGCCAUCGAAGUUUUGAUCAAACAGUAUUGUAGAGAAAGUGGUGUGAGAAACUUGAAGAAACAAAUCGAAAAAGUUUAUAGAAAAGCUGCUCUUAAGGUUGUUAAACAAAUCGAUACUGAACCCCCAGAAGAAGAAAGUUUGGAAGAUUCUAAACAAACUUUAUCUGAAGAAAAGAGUGAAGAUAGUACCAAAUCAGCUAAGCAGUUGGCUGAUGAAAAAGUCAAUGAAGAAGUGGAGGAAAUUGUUAAAGAAGCUGAACCUUCCGACACAGACGUUAAUAAAUCAGCAGAAUCAUUGAAUCAAGAAUCUGAAGAACCAAAAUCUUCUGUGGCAAGUGAGGUGGAGACUGGUGUGUCAAAGGAAGAUCAAAUUACCAUUCCUGAAGAGCUUAACAUAACAAUUGCUCCAGAGAAUCUUAAAGAAUAUAUUGGUCCAGCUAUAUACACCAGUGACAGGUUAUACGAAACCACCAUUCCUGGGGUGGUGAUGGGCUUAGCGUGGACCUCUAUGGGUGGUACUGCGUUAUAUGUUGAAUCUGUGCUCAGCCAUCCGAUCGAUGAAAAUUCUCAUGCCCAUCUUGAAAGAACAGGUCAGUUGGGUGAUGUGAUGAAGGAAUCAUCUACAAUUGCUUAUUCUUUCGCCAAGAUGUUUUUGUCCAAGAAUUAUCCAAAGAAUAGAUUCUUUGAAAAAGCUUCAAUUCACUUACAUUGUCCAGAAGGCGCUGUUCCAAAAGAUGGGCCUAGUGCUGGUGUUACAAUGGCCAGUUCGUUCUUGUCAUUAGCAUUGAAUAAACCAUUAUCCCCAACCGUUGCUAUGACUGGGGAGAUCACUCUUACUGGUAAAGUAUUGAAAAUUGGAGGAUUAAAGGAAAAGACAAUUGCUGCUAAAAGAUCUGGAGCCACGACCGUUAUUUUCCCCAAAGACAACUUGGUUGACUGGGUAGAACUCCCAGAGAAUGUCAAGGAGGGAUUAGACUACCUUGCGGCUGACUGGUACGGUGAGGUCUUCCAUAAAAUUUUCCCAGAUGUUACUGCUGAAGAAGGCAAUACAGUUUGGAAGAAGGAGUUUGAUGCUAUUGAUGAGAAAAAAGAGAAAAAGGAUUAG